CGUGUUGAAUAUGAAUUUCAAGCGUUACACAAACGAUACGUACCGCGUGGUCUGGUCACGUGACAGCGACAUAUUAACAUACCUCACUGUAAUGUACAGCAAUCGUAGUGACACUAAAAUACUAUAAUAGACGUAUCAGUUAGUAAGUAGUAAGUAUUGUGAGGGACAAAAAACAAGAAUAUUCCGCGGUGAUUAACUUCAAUUGUGAUUUGUGCGGAACCAUGAAAUCUAGGAACUAAAAACGCGUGUCCACACGGAAGAAAAUAGCUGACGGCCCUUCCACAACAAUCGCUGCACUCUUUGUAGUUUCCAUUUAGUUUGUGUUUGUGUCCACAAUAAUGGACAGGAGUAGGUCCCCUGACAGAAUCAGCCGACCAAAGGAGCAGAAGGAAGACAAGAAGAAAAAACGGAGGCGAUCGUCCUCUUCUUCGUCGUCAUCAUCUUCAUCGUCGACCUCGUCGUCGAGCAGUCGGAGUCGGAGCAGAUCAAAGAAGUCGUCACGUAAAAAACAAAAUGUGAAAACCCUAAAGAAGAAGCACAAAAGAAGCUCCUCCUCCUCUUCAUCCUCAUCCAUUUCUUCUUCUUCAUCCUCCUCCUCCUCCAGUGAUGAACGUGCCAAGAAGAAAAAAAGGAAAGCAAAGAGGAAACUAAAGAAGAAAGAGGCAAAGAAGAAACAACGGAAAAAAGAGAAAAAGAAAAAGGAGAAGUUAAGAAAGAAAAAGGAGAAGAAGAUGAAGGCGGAGCAGGAGGUUUGUGUUCCUGAAAAGGUGGCAGCGCCGACGUUCCUGGAGGUGUGGCAGAGUGAGGAGGGGGCAGAGGAACUAGGACCUGUCAUGACGGACGAGCAGAAAGCCCGCCUCGCCACUAAAAGGCCGCUCACCAAAGAGGAGUACGAGGCCCGGCAGAGUGUGAUCCGUCGGGUGGUGGACCCUGAAACUGGACGCACCAGACUGGUGAGAGGAGAAGGUGAGAUCAUCGAGGAGAUAGUCAGCAGGGACAGACACAAAGAGAUCAACAAGCAGGCCACCAAAGGAGAUGGCAACGCUUUCCAAAAAAAACUGGGGAUGAACAAGUAGAAGUGUCAUUCUGAGGAGCCGCAACUCUGAAGUCAAGGAGCUGCUAAUGUUUGGGUUGCAUUGAAAAUAUUGUAUUAAUAAUUAAAGAGUAAAGUGUUGCCUCGUGGUGGUUUGAAAUACUCCAAAAAUAUAAGAAUGACUGGUGGUUGGGGUCUGACACCAAGGUGACACACGGUGCAUCAGUCAGCAGCCCUGAUGCAGCAAACCUGAAGAUCAGGUUGCUCAGGAUGCCCCUCACACUAAGCAUGACUCAGCAGCUUCGCGUGAGAAUGGUGAAAUAUUGGCCUUUGCUUUGGACGCAUUUUCAAAUGACAUGCUUAUGGAAUGGAAACCACAUGAAAACUUUUCAUCUCACGCUUGGAUUUUGAUGUAUCACUUAUAUCUUUCCCUUAUUCAAUUCCUUCAAUGAGGUCAUGGAGGGCUGGAGCCUGUCCCACAUACUGUACUGGGGGUGACUGGUGACACCCUGAGGAGGGCUGUCGACUCCAUGUCAGGGUACUGGCACACCAACUCCAUGCAUUGAACUGUGGGGCAAAACCACCAUGAUCCAGGAGUAUGUUAGUGGAUAAUUCAGAGUAUAUUUAGAUUUUCAUUUAGGAGCAGCUUAGACCUGGAUUCCAUUAUGAUCUCUGUGAGCAGGGUUACUGCCUGACUCAUGGCCCUAACAAGAUUUCAAACCUAUUCUCGCCUGGAAGUUAAAAAAAAGCUCUCCUGAAACUGGUCCCUGUGAAAAAUGCUUUGAAACCUGAAAGGUUGGUUCAAGCUUGCGAACCAUCAUAGGUGAGUGUGUGGUAUUGGGUGUUUACCAAAGGAGCAGGACGGGAACGUCUGCAGAAUGUGUCGGCCUGUAGACACUGUUAUGUCCCUGAUGCCUUCAUUGUCUUUUAGUCUCUUUAAGUCUAGACAUCGAAAGUCAUCGCCAUGACUUAAAAACUUUAAUUCCGCUUGAACUUGUGAGCUGGCUGGUUCAAGAUAAAACACCAAGGGUCUGGUUCGACGGUUGGAGCAAAAAGCUUUUUGUGAAUUACUUUUAAAAUGCGAUUGAUCCACUUGCCUGAUUCAAAAAGUCUGUCAGGAAACGGCUGUGAUCUGUUGGGCACCUCCGGAUUACAAUGUUGGGUUUUAUCAUUUGCGCCGAAGUUGAACUCCAGUUUCACUCACCACAGCCUGGCCAUUUUACAUGCAUCCCAAUAGGGACCAGAUGACCUCAGAGAGUCAUAUUACACUUGCCGCAGAAGUGUCAGGCAGCUUGUGAGGCCCCCAGGUUAAUUUAGCCGGCUCCAAAGUUAGUCGGAGGCUUCAUCAAACGUGGCGGAGGUUAAGCCAGAAACACUGCACGACUCAGAUUCACAUUGAUUUGACAUGUCCUUUAUACACUUUCAUAAAAACAAUAAACAUAGUCAUUUCAAAAUCUACAAAAUACACACCUUGUACAAUGAAAAUAUUUGCCAAGCCUAUAUGAGGAUGCACGGGUCCGUCGCUGUGAAAGCUGGGGGUUGAGGACAGUUCGUUGAACCAGGUGAGCAGUGACGGGUCGCGGUGAAAGUGGGUGAAUACGUCUUUCUUCUACUCAAACCAAAACCUUUUUUUAAGAAAAGUAUGGCCGUUUCUUCCAGGGUGGUCCUUCACCCCGCAACGCGACGGUGUGUAAGGCAGAGAGGGGAGGGGCGGGGUAUAAGGCCUCUGGUAACGUGUGCGUCAGAAGCAGAGUCAUCUGCCCAGAGGUAUCCAAACUUCAGUGCUUCAUUUUCUACAUUCUAGAUGUUGAAAUAUUUCGGAAAUGAGCUUCAAAGGCAGGAGAAUAAUAGCAAAUGCAUGUUUUCCAGAAUCGUCUAUACCUGUGUGAGGUUUCCGAAGGCAAACAUUAGCAGGGUGGUGGCUUCAGGAAGCAGGACAAGAGGAAACAGAACAACUGAUCUGAGGCGGACGCCUCCAUUAAUGACAGAAACGUGGUGAGGACAAUGUGAAGGUCAGCAGGUCAGCAACACCACAAACAUCAGGGAUCUGCCAUGGACUGGUGCUCAUGAGGAUUUCUACACAAAAGCAGAUUUUUAUUGGCGAGGAAGAGCUGUAAAGACUUAAUCUGUGUUUCAUACUUGAUGUAUGGACUGUGUUAGUUUGCUUUGCAGCUCCUUCAUGACAGGAAAAAGAGCUGAGCCAGAGGGCUGACGUUCAGCUCAGUUAUGAGCUGCAGUGCGUAAACAGAUUGAAAGAACUUCUUUAAACAUGUGCAUAACAAUUGUUUACACUCUGAACUGGGGACAUGAGUCUUAAAUCCGACUGGUUCAAAGGAUUUCUACUCUUUCUACUCAGAAAACUACUUUUUCUGUGUUGAUAAAGAAUAGAUUAUACAUAAACCUCUCUGAGGUGGACAACAGACGGUCCAACAUGUUCCCCCACAGUUGGACACGCGUGCAAAAUCUCACAUGGUGGAUAAGAUAUCAGAGCCACAAGUAUCCGGUCCACCACGUUCUCUCUCAAGCUCAUGGAACAUAGAUUAACCUUGCCUUUUGGCUCAGCUCUUUCCUCGCCACAAUAGACUCGCUAGUCCUGCUGAUCCUAAUUCAUCCCACAGCCAUGAACAAGAUCCCAAGACACAAGUGAGAAAUAUGCUCUCUUUGAUCAUUUCAUCCCCGGUGCUAAAGCCAAUAUGAUCACAUGGUCUGCGAUGAGAUCCAGAAUGACCGUCACGGCCUGGUUCUUCAACACCUACAUCUCUGACAGUUAUAGGAGACCGAGCAGCUUUGUUUUCUAGAGACAACUUGUACUUUGAAUGACAUAUUCUUUACUUGACUGUUGUGCACUUUUGUGGUGAAGUUGAGCCAUAUUGCACAUUUCCCUUCCUCGCAUUUCUGCAAACAUUGGUCCAUCGCAUUCGCUCUGCCUCUUUCUCCGAGCAAACAAACAAUGCAAAUGAAGACGAAGGACACAAAGUCUUGGCAAGAGCAUAAAAUAAGCUUUGUGUUCUUGUCUUGACAGUAUAUUUUACAAAAUGUACAUCAUUCCUCAAGGUGCAGCAAAACGGAGCGAUUAUCUGUGGACACAUUCAUGUACAGCGUAGGGCUAACAACAGAGAAACCAUAUCUUGUAUGUCCAAAGUAGAUUGGAUAACAGACAAUAUAUGACACAAGAUAUCACCUCUCCUGAUACAAUUCUGCUGCUCUGCACGGUACAAUAAUAAUAAUAAUAAUUUAAAAAAAAUACUCAAACUGGAACUGGAAGUUUGGCUGCUGCAACUAAAAGAAAUGAAAAAAAGGAAACACAAAAUAGCUUAAAUAAUAUUAAAGCACAUUUUUGUUCACAAUUAAAAUAUCACCUUUAAAUAACAAUGAUAACCAUUGUUGGUAUAAUCAUAAUAUGUAUCCUGAAGGAGGUCUGUAUUCACCCCAGAGUGGAGAAGACACUUGAUGCUGGUCUUCAGUGGACCAGGUUUGCUAUAUCACAAAUAUUUACAAAUAUAUAUUUCAACACUCUGAUUCAACUCCGUUUAUGUACAGAAGCUCAUUCGCCACGGUUCACUUUGGCACGUUCAGGAGUCCCCAGGGCUAUUUACACAUGCAUGACGGAACGAUGAGGUA